CCCGUGAACUCAUCAGCGGUGUUGUUGUUCGCCGGUGUCUGCUGCGCUCACGACUAUUGGAGAGUUGUUGGAUAGUUUUCUGUUCGGUUGACAGCAUUUGUGUUCAAACUACAGUGAUAACAUAUUUGUUCGGACGUUGUCCUUCCGUUAGACCUCUAAAACUUACUCUCUCACAGCUCACUGGCUUCUCUGUGGCGUUAAAAGGGGAAGCUAACAGCUAGCUUCAGCGGCUACAUGACAGCCACAAACAGGAUAGUGAAACAUUUUGAUUAAAGUUUGCUUUAAUUAGGUUAAUUUCUUUGAGGUGACGUUAAGGGCUGUGAUGGGCAUGAGCAGUCGGAUAGAGUGUAUAUUUUUCAGUGAGUUUCACCCCACACUGGGUCCAAAGAUAACAUAUCAGGUCCCAGAGGAAUACAUUUCCCGGGAGCUCUUUGACACAGUUCAGGUUUAUAUCAUCACCAAGCCGGAGCUGCAAAACAAAUUAAUAACAGUCACUGCCAUGGGGAAAAAGUUAAUCGGGUGUCCCGUGUGCAUCGAGCAUAAAAAGUACAGCCGAAACGCCCUCCUGUUUAACCUUGGCCUCGUUUGUGAUGCUCAGACCAACACGUGUGCCCUUGAGCCGAUUGUUAAGAAGCUCUCCGGGUACCUCACAACUCUGGAGCUGGAGAGUGGCUUUAUUUCCAAUGAGGAGAGCAAGCAGAAACUUUUACCCAUUAUGUCGACGCUGUUGGAAGAACUUAAUGCCACAGGAGCCUGCACCUUACCCAUAGAUGCAUCCAACACCAUACACCUAAAGCUGAUCCAGCUGAGAAAGGACCCCCAGAUUGUCCAAGAAUAUGAUGUGCCAGUCUUCACCCAGUGCAAAGACCACUUUAUCAAAUCUCAGUGGGAUCUCACCACCCAACAGAUCUUGCCCUAUAUCGACGGAUUCAGACACAUCCAAAAAAUCUCUGCUGAAGCGGAUGUAGAGCUGAAUCUUGUUCGCAUUGCUGUGCAGAAUCUGCUGUAUUAUGGUGUUGUGACUUUGGUGUCAAUAUUCCAGUACAGUAAUGUGUAUUGCACAACCCCCAAAGUCCAGAGCCUCAUGGAUGAUAAGUCCAUACAGGAAGAGUGCCUCAGCUACGUCACCAAGCAGGGUCAGAAGCGUGCCAGUCUGAGAGACGUGUUCCAGCUCUACUGUGGUUUGAGCCCGGGAACCACCGUCCGAGACCUUUGUUCUCGCUACUCGCAGCAGCUUCAAAGGGUUGAUGAGAGGAGGCUGAUCCAGUUCGGACUGAUGAGGUCUCUCAUUCGACGGCUGCAGAAAUACCCGGUGAAGGUGAUCCGCGACGAGAGGAGCAGGCCGCCUCGACUCUACACCGGUUGUCAUAGUUACGAUGAGAUCUGCUGCAAAACAGGAAUCAGUUACCAGGAGCUCGACGAACGUUUGGAAAAUGAUCCCAACAUCGUGGUGUGCUGGAAGUGAUGUGACAUUAACUGCCAGACCGAGAGAUACAGAGACGCCUCAACCAAAGAUGCCUUCAGUGAGACGAAUAACAAAAGUGAAGUAGUAUUUUGUAAUUUUCAUGUUAGUGUAACUAACUCUUCAUCAGGAAUUGGUAUAUACUUUUGUUUAGGUCGAGUGUGGAAGGUGGUAUUUAUUAAUAUUGUACAAAAAGAAAUCUGUGAUUAAUAAAGGAGAUUAAACCACA